AUGCAAACGCCAUCGCCGCCGCCGGGAUAUGUGGCACCAUAUAUCCCAUCGCCGUCGCCGCCGGGAUAUAUUACAACACCACCGCCAGGAUACGUUCCAGCGCCAUCGCCACCGGGAUUUAUUCCGGCGGGAUACGUUCCACCGGCGGGAUACGUCCCGUCGACGGGAUACGUUCCACCGGCGGGAUACGUCCCGUCGGCGGGAUACGUCCCGUCGACGGGAUACGUUCCACCGGCGGGAUACGUUCCGUCGGCGGGAUACGUUCCACCGGCGGGAUACGUUUCGUCGGCGGGAUACGUCCCGUCGGCGGGAUACGUCCCGUACG